CCCGCCGAUGAGGGUUACACACGCUGGACUUCGAUCCUGAAACUAAAAUAUGAUGGAGUCAAACCUGAAUAGAAUGGAGUUGUCUCACAUGAUACUCAUACUGCUCGCUAUACCAGCAUGCUCGGGGCUUCCCUCAGUGUUCCUCAGUAAGACUGAGGCCAGUCAAGCAUUGAAACAUCGGGUUCGGCGAGCAAACUUGUUCCUGGAGGAGCUGAAGCUGGGAAAUCUGGAGAGAGAGUGUCUGGAGGAGGUCUGCUCAUAUGAGGAGGCACGAGAGAUCUUCACUGUUCCUGAACAACUGGAAGACUUCUGGAGGAAAUAUACAGAGACAGAUUAUUGUCAGUCAGGACCGUGUCAGAACGGCGCCACAUGUGAAAAUCAGGUGAACACGUAUAUCUGUAUCUGUCCACUGAAGUUUGAAGGACGAAACUGUGACAAAGAAAGGUUUUUGCCUAAUUUCCAGAGUUGUCUGGACAGGAACGGUGGCUGUGAGCACUUCUGUGUAGAGAUCAAUAAUGUGAGUCAUCGCUGUGAUUGUGCAGCUGGAUACAAACUACAAACAGACAAUAGCAGCUGUGUUCCUACCGAUGCUUUCACGUGUGGUAGGCUGGUGCACAAGAGCGCAGGUCCCAGGAUUGUCAAAGGUGAAGUGUGUCCGAAAGGAGAGUGUCCAUGGCAGGCUUUGAUAGAGUACAGAGGACAGUAUAAAUGUGGAGGUGUUAUUGUAAAUUCUCAAUGGAUUCUCACGGCAGCUCACUGUGUUUGGGCGAAGGAUCCGACCCUCUUACAAGUGACCGUCGGUGAACACAUCCGUUUCAAAGACGAGAAAACAGAACAGACGAGCAAAGUGUCUGAGAUUGUCAUCCACCCGCUGUACAACGAGACCAGCUCCGACAGCGACAUCGCCCUGCUGCGUCUGCUCACCUCCGUCACGCUCAACGCCUUCGCUCUGCCCAUAUGCCUUGUACCCGCUAACGGCACGUUUGGCCGCACUAUCGGGAUGAUUCGCAUGUCCACCGUCAGCGGCUGGGGUCGUCUGUCGCAGUCGGGGCCCGAGUCCAUGAUUCUGCAGAGGCUGGAGGUGCAGAGGGUUUCAUUAGAUGACUGUCGGGCCCAGUCGGGUCUGCAGGUGACCAGGAACAUGCUGUGUGCCGGCUUCAUCGAGGGAGGGCGAGACGCCUGCCAGGGCGACAGCGGAGGACCGCUGGUUACCCGCUAUAAAAACACGUGGUUUUUGACGGGGAUUGUGAGUUGGGGUAAAGGUUGUGCGCGCUCCGAUGUCUACGGCAUCUACACGAGGGUGUCGGUGUUUGUGGAGUGGAUUUUGAAGAUCACAGACGCCGCAUGAAUGAAUGAGUUUGUAGAAUGUGUCGUUUUAUCUUAAAAUACUUCCUCGUAUCCCAGUUUAAUGAUCAGAGUAAACUCUCAGUAAUUCUGUGGUUCUCUUAGUAAAGUUGUAUUAAAACCUUUAAUUAAAGAAUAUUUCAGUUUCCACUGUCCUUUCUUCUUUCCGUGUCUCAUGCGGACAUUAAUCAUGACUAUAUACUUUAAGAACAUGUCAAAUAGACUGAAUAAAAAGUGCUUCGCCGACCCCUUCAGCAUAUCGCGGCGGCUCAUUUCAACUCAUCGUGGACCAUUCGGCCCGUUUCCGGCCCAAAAGUGCGUCGACCCACCGGAAAAAUGCUCGCUGUGCCAGAUUACCAGUCCAGCCCAGUCACAUGCUUUUUUUAUGUGUGAACGUGAACAAGGUUUGAGAACCACUACAGUAAUCCACUAACAUUUUAGGGUGGUUUGACUUCCUGAAGGCGAUGCCUUUACGACAUUGCUCGGAGCGAUGGCAUAAGUUUUGGGCAUCCUGGCAUGUGGAAAACCAAAGUACACUCGUGCCUUUAGGCCGUUGAUUCUGAAGCAGCGGCUGAAAUUGUUACAAUGUUGCAUUUUCUUCUUGGUUUGGUUCACUUUCACAAGGGAACGUUUGUAAUAAUUGAUAUGGCGGGCAAAAUACCGGUUACAAGGUGAAAUGUGUGAAGUGGUAAACAUUUUUUAAACGUUGUUUAUGUUUUGGUUAUGCAAAAUCUGCCACAUGGAACAGAGAGUGUGUUUCUAUUAGAGGUUGUGCCAUAAACAACAUUAUCUAUCCUCGUGGUUAUUUAUAUCUGUCAAGAGCUUCUUUUGCCUUAUUUCAGAUUCAAGUUUUGCUGCUUUUAGUCCAUAUAUUAGCUUUAAGCUUAUGUAUGCUAGUGUACUUCUAAACAUUUAUAAAGCUUUUCAAAUCUGCAGUCUCUCUCUGAACAUCCAUGACAUCACAUAGAGGAUCAGAAACCUCCAAUCAAACGCUUUAUAGAAUUAAAACAUCCUUCCCCCUAAAACUGUUCAGUGGACCGGCUGUGAUCAUACUGCUGCUGAUCAUAACUUCACAGGGCACUUCAAAGGGAGCACAAUCAAUGCUGUAG